CGAUUUUGGUCUUGAAGCACAAGGGUUAUCUCCCCUUGUUUCUUGAUUAAAGCCGGUUUAAGUACCAAGAAGGAGUGUAAUCCGAAGUUUCACUUUCUCAUCAUAUUCUACCCAGUUGAGGCACCAUUUCUCGUCAGGAAAGCCAUUCCCUACCCUUGUGGGUCAGAGGUCCCAAUUCAAGUAGACUAGUGAGGCUUUCGCCAGAACCCUCGUUAGAAGUGUUUCCCGUUUCCCCAAAGGGUACAGAUACCAUGAGUCAAGAUGACAUUUCACCAGUAAAUCCUGACCCCUUGGAGGCCCGUGUCACUAAGAUUGAGGAGAUGUUAGCAAACUUAACUGCGAUGAUGCAAGCUCAGGUUGGUGGUGCUCGACCGGCAGAAGUUCAAGACCAACGGAGCCGUCUCCAUAGUCCUAGGGUUGUUCCUCACCUCAAUGUGUUAGGUGUUGAGGAUAAUGUUGUGAUUGACAAUAGCCCUGCUAUGGGAAAGUCUGAAAGUCUUAAGAACCAAGAGUUGAAGGAUAAAGUCGGUCGCCUUGAACACUUGAUCAGGAACCUCAAAGGUGUUGAAGAUCAAAUCAUUGAUACAGAAGGGUUGUGUUUCUUUCCUCAUGUUAGGUUGCCAGAAAAAUUUAAAUGGACCUCUGAAAAGUUUGAUGGUAGGGGUGAUCCCCGUACUCACUUAAGAUCUUUUAUUGGCCAAUUGAGGGGAGGCCGAGGCUUCACGGAUGAGCAACUGGGGCAAGCCUUCCAGUUUUCACUGACUGGUGCUGCUCACCAUUGGCUAAUGGCCCUAGAUUCUUCCUUAACCCGCACUUGGGAUGACAUGAUGAAGGCGUUUACUCGCCAAUACUCCUAUAAUACAGAGAUAGAAUUGACCAGGAGAGAGUUGGAAACAACAAAGCAAGCAGCAGGUGAAGGGUUCACUAGCUAUUUGAAAAGGUUUCGGGACAAAGCGGCUCAGAUGUGGGAUAGGUCCAAUGAGAGAGAGCAAGUGGGAAUGAUAGUGAGAGGACUACGAGACCCAUACCGAAAGUUUUUGUUUGCUCUCCCCAUCCUCAACUUCGAUGGUUUGAUAGUCGCGGCACAACAGGUCGAGGAUGCCAUCUUUCAAGAGGAACUCCCCAAAGUGGAUCGGUAUGCAACUGAGUCCAGUAGUAGCAGAAGACCUCCACAACAGAAAAGCUCAGGGGUCAAUGCCAUAAUGCCUACUCUCCCUUUUGCGGCACCAACAUCGUCCACAAUGGUAGCUCCGUUCACACUAGAGCAAGGGACAGCUCCUCCCAGUCGACCAAAGAGGCAGUUUGCUAAUUUGGGUGCAUCCCUGAGUUUAGUUUUUAGCAGAUUAGCGAAGGUCGGAUUGAUUUCUACGAUCCAACCAAGGCCUAUUCCCGAGCCAAAGCCACGUUGGUAUAAUCCAGACCUAUUCUGCCACUAUCAUUGCCAAGAAGGACAUACCACAGAUAACUGUUUCAAUUUGAAACAUGCUAUACAGAACCUUUAUGAUGCUAAAAAGUUUGAGCUCCGACCUAAACAACCUAAUGUGACCACAAAUCCUCUUCCAAAUCACCAAUCACUCAAUGCUCUUAGUGAUGAUUUGAAAGAAUUUGACCCCACCAUCUUUAUUAGGCGUCUGUCUAUCCAGAGCGACGGGCAUGUUCAUGUGGUGAAAUCGGACGCGAAGCACAAACAGAUCAAGACAGUUGAAGGAGAGUUUAUGAAGUAUCAAUCAGAAGCAUCUGAGACUCUUGAGAUGGUACCCUAUUUCAAGAACCUGAAUGGUCAAUUCAUUAAGGAAGUGCAUGACUCUUCAUACUCUGGGUUUUCAGAACUGUGGCUCGAUGAAAUAUCAGGAAAGGAGUUACCAGGUUUUGAGAUCUUCUUUAACUGCGUGGUUGAUCGGGCAGAGUCUUAAGCAGCCUAGUAGGCCCAUCUGGGGCAUCAAGGAGGAUUUAUGGAUGAUAGUAAGCUCUUUGGUACAGAAGUUCUGAUGAUUAUAGAAGACAAAGAGGGGUUGGUCAUGUCUGGGUUCAAGUCCUUCGGUGUUGUAGGUAGUCAGUCAUGUUGUUAGGUAUUUCCAGCUUUUUUCCCUUUCGGUUUCGUGUGAGAAGUUUUUUCUUUUUAAUUUUGAUGUUGUGUCAAUCCAAUCAAGUUUCCACAUGGUGUAAUCGUUUCAGUUUUUAAUGAAAUAGUUUAUUUUGAGUAUUUUGUUUGUUCUCCUCCCCAUUUCCAUCUCUUGAUGAUGAAUCUUGCAGUGAUCUUUUGCCUAUUUUCUUCAAAAAAAAAAGGGAGGGAGCCCAUCAGUCAUCCGUCAUUCAUUUUGGUGCCAGAGCCUUGGUAAUAAAAGGUCUUGAGCUCUCCACACAUUUAAUCCCCUUCCAACGAGUAAGGAGCUUAAAGAGAAUUUUUCACAUCAUUCAGCCUAUUAAGGGAGGCCAUCCUUGGCCGCUAGUUAUCCAAAAAAAAAAUCCUGAGAAGUUAAACUCCACUAGUUACCCUUUUUGGGCCUAAGCCUAUCCUUUGGAAAGCCCAUUACGGCCUACCCAUAUCCCAUUACCAAGGUACCCUUCACAUAUUUAAUCCUACUAGCCUCUGGGGUCUGAUUAGAAGACAUUUUUUGUACUAGAGCCUGAUAUUGCCAAUGUUGGGGAAAAGCACUUUUCCAUUUCAAAAUUCAAUAACAAAAAAAAAAUAGCAAAGCUCCAA